ACAACUUAAAGGUAUGCACAACUUCGAUAACUAAUGUCUGUGACGGUGUCAGUUCCCACAAUUCUGACUCAAUAACUGAAGUAAAUAGUGUUUGCCAACCUUCCGAUGUUAGCCAGACCAGCGGACAGAAGCAGUGCAUCGAAAUCGAUCAAAGUAAUAAUAGUCUUAUAACACAGGAUUGUGCUUCUCAAACACAAAACCAGAAUUGUGAUCAUUUGUCUGAAGAAUUGAGAGAUGCUCUCAAGAAAAUUGAUCGUCU